UCCUUCGGAUCUUUCUCCUCCUCUCACUCUCAUCCGCCAAAAUACAGAUAAGAGCUCGCUCACUGACUGACGUCCACUCCUUCCUACUUCCCACCUUCAAAUUCAAUCGUCAGCCCUUUCUCCUUCAUCUCAAUGGCCUCUAUAACCUUCGUCGGCACUGCGCCGGCUUCCGCCUCCUCAAAAACCCUCUUCCCCGUCCAUUCUUCGCCAUCUUCCUCACCCUCCUAUCAUCGACCCGCGGCGGCGCUGUCGGCUUACUGGUCAUCGCUGCACGGCACGGGCCUCACUGCGCCUAGAUCUGCAUCUCGAUCUCAGCUUCAUCUCCACCGGCGCGGUGGCCACCUUGUGGUGCGCGCUGCGCGUGGCAAGUUCGAGCGGAAGAAGCCACAUGUCAACAUCGGCACCAUCGGGCAUGUCGACCACGGAAAGACCACCCUAACCGCGGCUCUCACCAUGGCCCUCGCUUCACUCGGCGGAAGCGUCCCAAAAAAAUACGACGAGAUCGACGCCGCCCCGGAAGAACGAGCCCGCGGCAUCACCAUCAACACGGCCACCGUCGAGUAUGAGACUGAGAACCGGCAUUACGCUCACGUUGAUUGCCCUGGACACGCUGACUAUGUUAAGAACAUGAUAACUGGCGCCGCCCAGAUGGACGGCGCCAUCCUCGUCGUAUCCGGUGCCGACGGCCCCAUGCCCCAGACCAAGGAGCACAUCCUUCUUGCCAAACAGGUUGGCGUACCUAACAUGGUCGUAUUUCUCAAUAAGCAGGACCAGGUGGACGACGAGGAGCUUCUGCAGCUCGUCGAGCUCGAGGUUCGUGAGCUUCUUUCCUCCUACGAGUUCCCCGGUGACGACGUCCCGAUCAUCUCCGGAUCUGCACUCCUUGCCCUAGAGGCACUUAUGGCUAACCCUAAAAUCAAGCGCGGGGACAACGAGUGGGUCGACAAGAUCUACGAACUGAUGGACGCUGUCGAUGAUUACAUCCCCAUUCCCCAGCGUCAAACUGACCUCCCUUUCCUCCUAGCAGUUGAAGAUGUCUUCUCCAUCACCGGGCGCGGCACUGUCGCCACCGGGCGUGUCGAGCGCGGCACUAUAAAGGUCGGUGAUACUGUCGAUCUUGUUGGACUUCGGGAGACCAGAAACACUACUGUCACUGGAGUUGAGAUGUUUCAGAAGAUCCUUGACGAGGCCAUUGCUGGUGACAAUGUGGGGCUUCUUCUUCGUGGAAUUCAGAAGGCGGAUAUCCAGCGUGGGAUGGUUCUUGCCAAGCCGGGAACCAUUACUCCGCACACAAAGUUUCUGGCUAUUGUCUACGUGCUUAAGAAGGAGGAGGGUGGCCGACACUCUCCGUUCUUUCCUGGGUACCGGCCACAGUUCUACAUGAGGACUACUGACGUCACAGGGAAGGUCACAGGCAUCAUGAAUGAUAAGGAUGAGGAGUCAAAGAUGGUCAUGCCUGGAGACAGAGUGAAGAUAGUAGUGGAACUCAUAAUGCCUGUUGCGUGUGAGCAGGGUAUGCGUUUUGCCAUCAGGGAGGGCGGGAAGACUGUUGGGGCUGGUGUUAUCCAGUCUAUUAUUGAGUAAAGGGGUUUCUUUUACUUCAUGACUUCAGUCAUGCAACGGAUUCUUCUCGACUUUAGAUAAGCCCAACAACAUCAAGUGGAAAAUUAUACAAAUUCAGGUUUCACUAGUUCUUGACUCACCAUUGUGAAAUAUUUUUGAGCUUUUGGUUUUUGUCUUCCUUCUUAAAGCUGUGAUUAUCCAUGGAUGUUGAUCUGAUAUUUCUAUGGAAACUUAAAGCAAAGAAGGUCUGUUAUUGCUUAUUA